CAACAUGUUGUACGUGCUUGUGUUAAUGUAUGUUCUCGGAGAUAAUCUUGCGUGUCAGCAUCAUGCAGCCUUCAAAGUGUACCAAAGGAAGGUCUUUUGCUGAGUGCAAUAUUUGAAACUUCAUCUGCUAUAGGAUAUCUAGUGAUCCCUGCUCUCGUAAAAUAAUCAUAUGGACUUCAAAGGUCACUGACGUCAGGUUUUUCAGCUAUUUGAACAAUGACUCGGCACCAUGCUCGGCACAUGAGCUGUAGCUUUCUCUGUAUUGCUGAGUUGAUGUUGGUUGUUUUCAAUAACCUUUUAAAGUUCCUAAACUUAAUUUAUGUUUUCCUUGCUUAAAAAGCUAAACAAAACAGCAGGAAUGAGUGAUUCUAAAGGACUAGAAGAGGUCAAGGUUGUAGUCGUUGGUUCAGGAUUCGCAGGUGUCGCUGCCGCAGCCACGCUGGUCAAAGCAGGAUUUCAAAAUGUUCUGGUCCUCGAGGCGAAAGAUAGAGUUGGAGGUCGGGUGCACACCACCAAACCGUUCACCGAUAAGGUCCUUGAGGUUGGGGCGAACUGGAUUCACGGACAGAAAGGAAACCCUCUUUUCCAGCUGGCAAAACAACACAACCUGCUGUCGGAGGAAUCGUCGACAAGCACAAACAUGUGCUCGCAGCAUUCUGUAACAUCUAAAGAUUACUUUUUUAGAGAAGAUGGGAAGCAGGUCCCCAAGAAGGUUGUAGAUCAGGUUCGUUCACGCUUCACCAAGCUCACCGACAAAGCUUUUGAUGAUGAACUUGAUUGCAGGCACAGAAAGAUGACUCUGGGUGGUUAUCUAGACGAUGCCUAUGACGAAUAUCCGAUAGCAUCUACAGUAAACGGCCAAAUGGUCUUUGAGUGGUGCAAGAGGCUAGAAUGCACAGAUGAAGCUUGUUCUUCUCUCUACGAGGUGUCUGCCGCUCAGAUUAGUAAUUACACUGAUCUCGAGGGAGGUUUCUUCAACACUUUAGGAUUGGGUGGCUAUCGAGCAGUUUUAGAUGUUCUCCUGAAAGAUCUGCCCCCGGGUACUGUCCAAUGUAAUGCAGAGGUAAAGACCAUCCAGUGGGAUCUGAUUAAGAAAGGAGAGAGUGAAGAACAGAAGCUUCCUGUUCGAAUCACUUGUGAAAAUGGGCAGUCUUAUGAUGCAAACCAUGUGAUUGUCACUGCAUCUUUGGGGGUUCUCAAAGACAAAGCAGCAACCAUGUUUGAGCCGUCCUUACCGCAACCCAAGCUGAAUGCCAUUAAGAAUCUUGGCUUUGGAAUAGUGGACAAAAUUUUCCUGUAUUUUGAGGAGAAGUUUUGGCCGGAUGACUGCGCUGGGGUUCAGAUGGUGUGGGAAGAAGGGCCCGAAGACGAAGAUGUGUACAAUGCUUCGUCUGAAGGAGAUGACUGGAAAGAGACGUGGUACAAGAAGAUCACCGGUUUUGAUACGGUGGCACGUCACCCUACUGCUCUGUUAGGCUGGAUCACAGGUAGAGAAGCACUACAUAUGGAGACGCUCGAGGACAAUGAAAUCAGAGAAACCUGUGUGAGGUUGCUGAGGACUUUCACCGGCUGGACGGUACCAGAAGCCUCAAAGACGCUUAUCUCCAGAUGGGGUCAUGAUUCCCACGUGCGUGGCUCCUAUACAUUUGUUCCUCAUCGUGUUGAUGGAGUAGAGGAACACAAGGCAUUAGCAUCUCCUCUUCCCCCUAAAGUUAAAACCAAAGGGAGCAAGCCCCUCCAGGUGUUGUUUGCUGGUGAAGCUACGCAUGUGAACUUCUACACCACCACCCAUGGAGCUUACAUGACAGGUGUCAGAGAGGCACAGAGACUCAUCAGUUAUCACUCGGAUUAAACAGCACCAUCCAUGAGAGGUCUUUUGUCUCAUGAAGAUAACAUUUUGUGGUCUCAUGAAGAUAAUGGUUUUAUAUACUUGACCUCCCACUCUUUUGGCAUUCAGGUUUUGUUAUAAAUGGGCUGUAAGGAAACUUUGUGUGUACAUUUAACUGAUUGCUAUACCAUGCAUAUCUCUGUUCUGUUAAUUAUUAAACAGCAAUGUGUUGAAGAAAUGAAGGAAUAUUCCUCCUGAUUCCUGAUUGAGCAGCGUAAUGUACAAUAAUGAGCAUCUUCAAAUGAAAUAUAAACUAACUGAAAGGCGAUUUCCAUUUCAUUCAUUCCACAAUGAAUAUAUGUGUUUGUUGAUUUUUGCUAAUAAAACCUACAAAAAAGCUAAAUAUAAUGGUAGCAACUCAGAAAGAGGAUGGACUAAUAAAAAGGUGAUAUCAUGUGAAACCUGAUUGGUUAACAUUGUAAAAAAAACUUGAGGUUACUGUAUAAAAGAUGGAGUCAGACAUGUAUUUGUUUGACAUCUUCAGAUGAACUCUGUGUGUCUCACUUUGCUUGCUCGAGCAAAUAAAGAUUGAAACUCUUGA